AUGAUUGAUUCGAAAUCUCAAGAGAUCCGCCCCGCCGAUGAUGAAAUAUAUAGCAAAAUGGAAGAUGUUGCAGAUGAACUUCCUGAUUCGUCGCCCCGGUUUAUCCUGCUCAGCUAUCCGCUCACGCUGUCCUCCGGUCGUCUCACCGUCCCUUAUGUCCUUCUAUACUACCUUCCGGAGAAUUGCAACCCUUCAUCGCGCAUGAUGUAUGCUGGGGCUGUCGAGCUGAUGAGAAACACCGCAGAGGUGAACAGGGUUAUCGAAGUGGAUAGUGAAUCAAAUGUGAUUAAUAUCGAGACUAAGCUGCAAGCUAAUUUGUCUUUAAUCUCCUGUCGUGUCUUACGUAUCUAUUUCUACGCUUUUAUCCCAUUACGCCAUAUAAUUAGGCGGGAAACUACAUGGGAAGCAGAAAACAUGACUCUCCUGUCAUGUCUAUUGAUUUAA